AUGCAUGAUGUGCAACCUAACCCACAUCUCCUGCAAGAAGGCAGGAUAUUGUCGCUUUUUGAUCCAUGCGAGUUGCAGCACCUUCCCGCCUGCUUUCGGAGGGCGGCGGAGAAAGCCGAGCACACAGAUAUUGUUCGAAAGCAACUGCGUGUGCUUCAACGAGGGAGGCAGUCGAUUCUGUCAGUAACGGAUGUCCCAACCACAGAAAUUCCUAGAAGCGUCAUGAGGAAGAAGUUCCGAAAGAUGUUAGGACAGUCAGGGUAUCAGCAGCUCGCUCUGAAGCCCCUCGCGAGAGUAGAUAAAGAUAUGCUAGGCAAAAAUCCAAUUAGCCAAGCACCGCCUACAGCUGCUGAAAGCAGCAUACGAGUGACAGAAGGCAUGGGAACGAUUAACUCACAUCUAAAGCGAAUGGUCGCUGAAAUGGAAAAUGUUACCUGGCUUCCGCCAGAUGCGCGAGAGAGCCUGGAAAAUACGUUGAUUAUUGAAUUGGCAGCACGAUAUAAUCAAGUACAAGAUUUCAUUACUUCAAAACUGACGCCGGCUCAGAACCGCAUUGUUGCUAUCAGCGUUAUAAGUCAUAUAGGCAUGGUGAAAGAUGACGUUCUGCGAAGUUGUCGGCGCAAAAAAGAGAAAAUGGAGCAUGCAAGCAUCUUUGAUCAGACUGUGAAUAGUGGGCGACUACGGGCAUUCUUCAGAACAGAGCUUAACCGCCGAAUAGAUACUGAAAAAAUAAUGAAAGAAGCGUUGGCUGAUACAGAAGGUGGUCAAACACUUCACGAUACAAGCCUUCUCCGACCUGGAGACCCUUUGAAGGUGGAAGUCCAAGAGAUGAAGGAUGCGUUAGAAAGAGUUACACAUGCUAUUCCCAAGCUCGAGGCGCCAGUUGUUACUGGCAAACACCAGACGGAACUAAUUCGUCGCUCCAUGCGGCAAUCAUCGAUAUCGGCUGCGUCGAAUGAGCCCAAUGAUAUACAAAAAUUGCUGAGACGUUCAUCACGACGAUCCUCGGCACAUUUGGAAUUGAGACGAAAGACUCUCGUGCCUGUUAAUGGCCAUCGACCCAGUCUUCUAUCGGAAGAAAUUGUUGAGUUUCCCUCCACAACUCAUAUAAACAAAGGAAGAAUAUGGGAACUCUCCGUUGAAGGGGCAGAUGAUGAUGAAGAAUCUUUCGAUGAUCUGAGCUACCCUGAGGAUGAUGCUCAAGACUGCGCAGCGUUGUGUUUGGCAGAAGGGGAUAACCCUCUCUUGCAAGGACAUACGGGUCUGUCAACUUUCCGCCGACAGAUGGACCUCAAGGAAGAGAUUUCUGUUCCGAGGACUCGAUACUUACCAUUAAGCAAGUAUCGCAAACGACAUUUAACUGAUUUUGAUUACAGUAUGUUCGACACCGUGUCCUUACCUCCAUCGCCUCCGUCUGAAAAGAAUGCACCGUCCGCCGUCAAAAUGUUUGAAGAGGAAAAGAAAAUAAUGAGACCGGUCCAGUCUCAUGUGUCGGAGAGAAUACCGAAAGGUUUCAUCACUCUGGCAACCGAACCAGCAGCUGCGGUCAGCGAAUUUGGAAGUGAUGUGAAUAAUAACAUGCUCAACAGCAUAGAUGAAAAGCUGACGAGAUACAAGGAAGUCGAAGAACUGUACGACGAGAUAAUGAAAACAUUGGAUCAAUCACACUUGGAGCCAGAUGACCUGGCCCCCGAGGAUAGUUUUGCCUGUCCUGCAGCUCCAAUCGAUGUUGAGGGCCCCGUAAAUUACGCGUGGCAAGGACUUACCGACCCAGCUCUCAUCCGGCCGCUCUUUCAUGCGAAGCCAGCUGCCGCCGCUCCAACCACCACAUCCUCAACAGGCGGUCGAGCUUCUGUGCCGGCCGUACGGUUACGAACGCGCGAAGAUGCAAAACGUCCAUCCAUCCCAGCUGACGAAUACAUCCGAAAUCGUGAGGCAGCAAUGCGUAAAACGAUUUCCUCACGAUAUGACGGUGCCUUUCAAUAUAAUUACGGCGGUUAUAUACCGUUUGAUGUUGAGAAACGUAGUCGCCAAGCUUUCAGUGACAUCGGUUUUCAAGACUAUCUCGAGUUUCUUCGAACGAAAACUACCGAUUUCGUAUUCGAUUUAUUGUAUAAGGAGGAUGAAAACGUGGAAGCGCUCCGGAGGGCACAAGAGGAAGCAGAGGCAGCGGCUCGGGCCGAGGAAGAACGAAAGAAAAUUGAAAAUGAGAGGAGGGAGAGGGCGGAAAAGCGCCGACAGAUGCUGUCAUACUCGAGGGGUGAAUGGAACCCCAAGAUUCUGGACUUUAUGGAAGAACUUCACAAUGCGGCGUUCACCAGCCAGCCAGCGCCAUCUGACCAAGAGCCUGUUGACGUUCCACCAAUGAAUAAUGCCAUAGUCAAGGAUGACAAAGAAGAUGGGUUUUCAAGAGAACUGGUCACCGCAAGCUUACCUGAACGAUCAAAAACACCCACUACCCCGAAGACGGCGGAUAUAAAACACUCUGCCGGGAGACCAGACUCUGUAGAUAUCCACCGAAUGCAAAACGAAUUAGAAGCUCUUUGGGUAACACUUAAAAUGCCGGCAGAUCAGAAACUGGACAUGGCAAUAAAGUACGGAGGCCAUCGAUUUGCCCCGAAAUUAGAAACGGCAAUCCGGCUAUGGAAGAUCGCCUCCGAACACAUUAUUGCACGAGAGAGUGUCUUACAUGAGAUUGAAGCCUUUGAACGUACAGCCUCGGAUCCACUCCGAUUCUUUCGCAAAGGAUAUGAGGGUUCUUCGGAAGCACGUCUCAAAGAAGCAGCAGAACGCGAACAGCUGAUGCGACGUUUGCACUAUAUUGAGGCACGCAUCACGGACGUGACAAGUAGCAUCAAGAAUGAAUUACACGAGAGUGUGACUUACGCAGGAGUGCCUUACCGUGAAAAGAUGAAGUCGGAUUAUACCGACUUAGUCAGACGCUUACAGAAGGAGCGCACCCAGAAAAGAGAGAAAGACCAGGAAAGUGACGAAGCUCGGAUAUCUGAGUCAGUAGAAUCUCAUCGGUUGGCUGAAGGCACCGACGGUGGAGCAGAUAGCUAGCUUAGGGACUCCAGAUGAAUUUCACCCAUUUAGCUGUAUAUACAUGCCGUGUUUUGUGCGCGGUAUUCCUAGGUCUUUGUGACAGCGAUUUUGUUCGAGUACAAAACUCCAGCUGGCUUCCACCAGCAGUUCGACUGGUUAGAGACAUAUUUAUUCAAAUCGUAAAUACAAGAAUAGGCAA